AUGCGACUCUGCCCGUCACCUUCCUCAACUCCUCAUCUCGAUCGCGUACGCCAACGCCCCUCGACGAUGAAGCCCCACAAGAGCAGCCCCUUCUCGCGGAAGGUCUCCGUCGCCGUUGCCACGCCGAUCCUCCUCCUGCUGGCCCUCGCCGUCGUCUCGCUCUACGACUUCAACUUGGCCGAAACUUACCACAACAUACGCCGCGCCUCCUCUUCAUCCUCUGCAUCUCCUGGCCCUGCCACCACCUCCUCGUCGCCCACGGCUCCGGCUACCGUAUCAUCGUCAACUUCGCCGGCCAACUCCUCCUCGUCGUCAUCGUCUACGUCGGCGGCGUCUCCAGCCACCGCCGUCGAGGCCUGCGACCUGACGCGGGGCCAGUGGGUGCCGGACGACGAGCCGCCGUACUACACCAACCUGACGUGCCCGUUCAUCGACGACCUCCAGAACUGCAUGAAGUUCGGCAAGCCGGGCGGUCUCGACCUCAUGCGCUGGCGGUGGAAGCCUGACGGCUGCGACCUCCCCCGCUUCGAUGCCGGGCGGUUCUUGGAGGCCAUGAGGGGCAAGUCCAUGGCCUUCGUCGGGGACUCGCUCGCCAGGAACCACUUCAAGUCACUGCUCUGCAUCCUGUCGCAGGUGGCAGAGCCGGUGGAGCUCGUCACCACGACGGAGACGGACGUGACGGGGAGGGCCGUCCGCCGAGACUUCCACUACGGCAGCCACGGCUUCAACGUCUCGCUCUUCUGGUCGCCAUUCCUGGUCAAAGCCAACCUCUCCAGCGCGGCGCUCGGCCUGGGCCUGUGGGACGUGCACCUCGACACGGCGGACGCCCGGUGGGCGGCGCACAUCGCCGACUUCGACCACAUCGUCCUGUCCGGCACCAACUGGUUCUUCCGCCCCUCGGUGUACUACGAGGGCGGCCGGGCCGUCGGGCGCAACGACGGCGCCAGCGGCGCCCACAACGCGACGGAGGCGCCCGUCUCCGGCGCGGUGCGCGCCGCGUUCCGCACGGCGCUCGGCGCCAUCGCGGCCCGAGAGGGGUUCCGCGGCAAGGCCGUGGUCCGGACGGUCACGCCCGCGCACUUCGAGAACGGGGAGUGGAACACCGGCGGCGACUGCGUGCGCACGCGGCCGCUCCGCCGCGGCGAGCGCGCCCGCGACGCUGUCGUGGCCGAGUUCCGCGCCGCGCAGGUUGACGCGCUGAGGGAGACGGAGGCGGCACGGCGGCGGAACCGGAGCGGAGCGGAGCUGCGGUUGCUGGACAUCACGGAGGCGAUGGAGCUGCGGCCGGACGGGCACCCGAGCCGGUACGGGCACCCGCCGGGCGGGAGCGUGGAGGGGAGCUUCGUGGUGGACUGCCUGCACUGGUGCUUGCCCGGGGCGAUCGACCUGUGGAGCGAGCUGCUGUUCCACAUGCUGGCGGCUCAUCCACCACAGCGUGCUGACUGA